AACUGCGAGGUCGAGAAUCGGCGUUCGUCAGCGCUUGUGGAGGUUAGCGGCGGGGAGAAGAGUCCACUUCCAAAAGCGUGCAUCUUCGACUGUCACAGCGGGAGAGGGAGAAUCAGUUCGCAAGUUCUGCUCGUACGCGCGUGUAAUAUAGUGGUGGUGCGCGGCGCAAAAUUCGCCAGAGAGCAGGUGCAGACAUGUCUUUCCGCGUGGUGCGCACCAGCAAGUUCCGCCACGUGUACGGAACUCCGCUGAAGCGCGAGCAAUGCUACGACAACAUCAGAGUGUCCAAGUCGUCGUGGGACUCGACCUUCUGCACUGUGAAUCCCAAGUUUCUCGCCAUCAUCGUGGAAUCAGCGGGCGGCGGUGCCUUCAUCGUCCUGCCGCACAACAAGGUAGGAAGAAUACCGGCGGACUAUCCUUUAGUAGGUGGACACAAGGGACCUGUACUGGACAUCGCUUGGUGCCCUCAUAAUGAUAAUGUCAUAGCCUCUGGUUCUGAGGACUGUGUUGUCAAAGUAUGGCAGAUACCUGAUGGGGGUAUUUCUAGGACAUUGACCGAGUCGAUAGUAGAUCUGCAAUUGCAUCAACGCAGAGUUGGUCUAGUGUUAUGGCAUCCCUCUGCAUUAAAUGUGCUGCUCACAGCCGGUUCGGACAAUCUUGUUAUCAUUUGGAAUGUCGGGACGGGAGAAGCUCUGAUGCGCAUCGACUGCCAUCCAGACGUGGUUUAUUCCGCAUGCUGGAACUGGGAUGGAUCUCGAUUAGUUACUACAUGCAAAGAUAAAAAAAUUAGAAUCCUAGAUCCGAGGUCGGGAGAAAUAUUGGAAGAAGCUAUAGCGCAUGAGGGAAGCAAGGCAACGCGUGCCAUCUUUCUUAGGGGUGGCUUGAUCUUUACGACGGGUUUUAGUAAAAUGUCGGAAAGACAAUAUUCAUUACGAGCUCCCGACAUGUUGGGCGAGCCUAUUGUUAUGGUAGAGUUAGAUACGAGCAAUGGAGUUAUGUUCCCUCUGUAUGAUUCCGAUACAAAUUUAGUAUACCUGUGUGGCAAGGGCGAUUCUGUGAUCCGAUACUUCGAAAUUACGCCUGAACCACCGUUUGUUCAUUACAUCAAUACUUUUCAAACUCCCGAUCCUCAACGAGGUAUAGGAAUUAUGCCAAAACGGGGCUGUGACGUUAAUAGCUGUGAAAUAACCAGAUUCUAUCGAUUAAACAAUUCGGGCUUUUGCCAAGUAGUAUCUAUGACAGUACCGAGAAAGUCUGAGCUCUUCCAAGAAGAUUUGUAUCCCGAUACUGCCGGUGAUACUGCCGCGAUCUCGGCAGAAGAAUGGGAGAGUGGUACUGACGCAGAGCCUGUACUGAUAUCUCUCAGGGACGGUUAUCAGCCAUCCGCUUCUAAGAAUGAACUUAAAGUACAAAAGAAAUCCAAUAUAUUGAGUAAAGGCGCGAAGGUCGCAUCUAAUGCGCAAAACGCUACGGAAGUUUUACCUGGGGUUUGCGAGGAAUUAUUGAAGGAAUGCAGAGAAGAAAUAAGAAAAUUAAAAGCAGUAAUCGUUAAACACGAGGGAAGGAUACGAGUGUUGGAAUCGGCGGUUGCUCUUCAAAUGAAAGAGGAAGAGAGGAAAGAGAGGAAGGAAAAGUCAGCGUCUCCCGAUGGUAAAGAGACACUUGCUUCCGAUGAGGUGUAAAAACGCCGAUUUUUGCCCCCGACGACUCCGGCGUGAUAUUGUACUUCUAACGAGAAUAUUUUUCACUAAUAUAUCGUCUAAUAAGAAUGAUCGUAUAUUUUGAUAUAACAACUUGUGUAAAUAGUAGGUUUUAGCGACGCCAUGUGCCCCUGACUCUCUGCAACGAUCUUUGCUAUUUAUUGU